UUUGGCCAGUCUGCCACAGCUGCUAAUUAUUUCCUUGUCUGUUUAAUGUGUGUUUAUUUUGGUUUUGGACAACUGCUGUCCUUGAUCACUCAAGGCAAAGUGGGACUUCCAAACUCAGGACUGAAGGAAAAAUCUGAGCAGAACCAGCGCUGCAGUGAUGCAGUAACUGCAGGUUUGGUGAUGAACUUGUUGUCUGCUUCUGUAUUAGCCUGUCCCCUGUUAGGUGUGGUCCCCCAGCUUUAUGUCGGUCAUGUCCCUUGGCUGUGGACAGCUGGAGUAUUCCAGCUUGGCUUGUGUGUCCUCUUUUACCGAGCUAUGGACACUCUAGCUGCCACUUUCUUUGGUUUCACUGCCCUGCUGAAGUUUGCAGAGGGUUACAGUGCUCUGUUGUCUUUUUAUUCCAUUCAGCCUUUCUCUCCUGUCCCUUUCCCUGUUGUCUUUUCAGUUCUUUUUUUCAUCCUGGCUCUGUUCAGCUGUCAGACGAGUUUGUUGGAGGGUUUCUACCAGUUAUUCUUUGUAGCCUACUGUAUUUCUAUAGCAGCCCAACCUCAAGGCUUCUUCCAAGGGGGCACUCAGGGUGUACAGGCAGCUAUAUUUGUAGCAUCUGCCAUCAUGCUUUUUAUUACUACAUUCAACAUGGUCUCCAGUAUCAUGAUUCCAACAGGAAAGGGAGUUUUCAAGAAUUUAGUAACCAAGAUGCAGAGUGUUGUUCUCAGAGCUCAUGAUAAGGAACAACAUGCACCUCACCUGGGCUACUCUAAAUAUGCAGAUGCAGAGGUGUUGGGUCAUGCCUGCAGUGUGCUGGCUGCUUUUGCCAUCACAGCCACAGUUGGUGCCAGAAAUCCUCUGUCUGUGCUGGUUCUGCCCUGGGUGGUGGUGGCUGGUGGGGCGCUGCAGCUGCUGUGUGGUUCAGUAGCAUUUGCUCGGGGUAAAACCUUUGAGAGCACAGUCUUUAUCCUCUACAGGGUGAUGUGGACAGUGUGGGGGCUGACGAGAUACGGUGGCCUCUACGGUGAAACCAGAGGCUUCAAUGUGGCUGUUGGGAUCAUUAGCUUCAUGCUGUUUAACUUUCUAGUGACAGUUGCAGCUUUGUUUGUAAACGUUACCUGGUUUGUCUAUGCGUUCACCUUCCAGCUCAUACUCAUCAGCUUUCUGCUGGAUGCAGUGGGUGCACUGCCUUAUGGUUAUGACAUAGGAGUCACCAUCAUCUUUGGUCUCGUCAGUUUUUACUGUUUCUUGGCACACAUUUUCAACAGUACCUUCAAGUCUCCCCAGACCCCCUUAGGAAGACCUCUUGUCAAGCUGGGUGGGGUAGGGGGAGGGGCCAAUAUAUGUCCACAUGUACCCGCCCGCAAGGCCACAUCAGUCCAGCAGAUUGCAGGUGAGAAAUAA